UGUUCAGGGCAGCGAGCUGCAGAGCACUGAUCGAUCGAUCAGGGAUUGAUGAUCGGCCGGUGACGGGGCCGCGCCGCGGGAGCGAGCAUGGACGUGACGCUGUCCGAGCUGCUGCUCGCCUUCAUGGAGGCUCCGCUGGCCGCGUGGGUGCGGACUCUGGGCCCCCUGGGGUCCGGGGGCGACGUGGCCUCGGAGGAGCCGGUCAGCAUGUUCAUGGAGCUGGUGGACGGCGUGUUCCUGCACAAGAUCAUGACACAAAUCGACCCCAGCCCCACCAAUCAGAGGCUGAACAAGAACGUCAACAAUGACAUGUCUCUGCGUCUUCACAACCUGACCGUCCUCUGCAGACACAUCAGGACGUACUACCAGGAGACCCUGCAGCAGUUGAUAGUCAUGCCGCUACCCAACAUCCUCUGCAUCGCCAAGGAUCCAAUAUCAGCAAAGAGCAUGGAAGAAAUGAAAAGACUUCUGUUGCUGUUACUUGGCUGUGCAGUGCAGUGCGAGCGUAAGGAGGAGAUGAUCGAGAAGAUCAAGCUGCUGGACAUCGAGACUCAAGCCGCCAUCGUCUCUCACAUCCAGGAGGUGACUCACAACCAGCUGAAUGUUCUGGAUCUGUCCUGGAUGGAGGAAGGAGCUGAGCUCGUUCACGAGGAGCUGGAGCCGCUGUCUCGCAGCAUGGCGUCAUCGCUACGACAACUCAUCGACCAGCGAGACAAGGCCACCGAGGUGAUUGUGGAUCUGACCCAGGAGAGGGACUACUUGUCCAGCCAGCAGCCCCAGGAGGGCUGCAGGAGCCUGGGCCUGAGCGGUCCAGGGCCCGCGGGGGGCCUGGGCAGGAUUAACGGGGAGUCCACGGUGACCAAGGAGGAGAAGCAGCAUCUGUCCGUGGAGCUCGCUGAUACCAAGGCCAAGCUGCGCAGAUACAGACAAGAACUGGAGGAGAAGACGGAGCAGCUGAUGGACUCAAGACAUGAAGUGGAGCGCCAGGAUCAGGAGUUACAGAGACUAAAACAAGAGAACCAGUCUCUGUCCUGCGAGGCUCGCUCGGUGCGAGCGUACCGGGACGAGGUGGACUCUCUGAGGGAGCGGGCGGCUCGAGUGGACCGGCUGGAGACGGAGCUGGGCCGGUGCAAAGAGAAGCUCAACGACGUGCACUUCUACAAGACCAGAGUGGAGGAGCUGCGUGAGGACAACCUGACUCUGCUGGAGACGAAGGUGUUGCUGGAGGAGCAGCUGUCGGCCUCCAGGGGGCGCUGUGAUAAACUGCACACGCUGGAGAAAGACAACCUGUUACUGCGGUCCAAAAUACACGAUCUGGAAAUGGAGCGGGACAACGAGCGGCGGAGGCUGGAGGAGCUGGUGGAGGAGAACAUGUUGCUGGAGAUCGGACAGAAGCAGAGCAUGAACGAGUCGGCGCAUCUGGGCUGGGAACUGGAGCAGCUGAGCAAGAACCACGACAACACUAACACAGAGACUAACAAGUCUUUGGUCCACGAGUUGAACGAGUGCGUUUCCAGUCGCCUGCUGAAGCUGGAGAAGGAGAACCGGGAGCUGCAGACGUCCAUAGAGAGACUGAAGGAGGAGAACCACGUCCUGCAGGAGCAGCAGCUGCACACGCAGGAGCUGGACAGGGAGAACCAGGGGCUCAGCAACAAGUUGGAGCGUCUGCAGGGAUUACUGGACCAGGAGAGACUGACCAAUCAGGACAUGGAGUCUCUGGGAGAGGAGAUCCUGAAGGAGAAGCAGCUUCUGGAGCGGGAGAUGCACGCCCUGCGGGCCGAGAAGGACCGACAGAUCUCGGAGCUGGAGAGCGAGAAGCAGCACAUCUCGGAGGCCGUGGUGUCGCUCCAGGAGCGCGCUCAGUCCAACAGCGAGGCGCGAGUCCGUGAGGUGGAGGCACAGAACCGCCUGCUGCACCAGAGCAUCACCGACACCAGCUCCAGACUGGCCAGCCUGGAGACGCAGCUGAAGGUGGUCAGCGAGGAGUCGGAGCGGCUCAGGGAGCGAGCGGGGAGGGCUGACGAGGCGGAGAGGGACGUGUCCCGGCUGGAGAGGAGCAAGGAGGCUCUGAACAGAGAGGUGGCGUCUCUUCGGUCCUGCAGCGAGCGCUCCGAGGCGCUGGAGAAACAGGUGACCUGCUUCUCACAGGACGUGCACAGGCUGAAGCGAGAGGCGGAGGAGGCUCAGCAGGAGCUGCAGCAGCAGGCCAAGCUCAGGGCAGAAAACGCUCGGCUGUCCAAGGAGAACGUGGACCUCCGCUGCUCCCUGGAAAACCUGCGCUCCUCCUCCGCCCUCCUCCCCACACUACAGGAGGAGCUGCAGGAGGCGCACCGGGAGACCCAGGAGGCGCAGAGACGCUGGGAAGACGCUAAAGAGGACGCACAGGGGGAGAGGAAGAGAGCGGAGAGGCUGGAGGUGAACCUGUCGACGUUAAACCAGGAGAAGCAUCGUCUGGAUGAGGAACUAGAGAGGAGCAAGGAGGAGAGCAUGACCAUGGAGGGGAAGAUGACGGAGACGCAAAGCAGAGAGGAGGAACUGAAAAAGGAAGUGGAAGAACUGAAGGAGGAGCGGAGAAGAAGGGAGGAAGGAGACGAGGAGAGGAAGAAGCUUCAGCUGGACCUGGAGCAGUCGGAGAAGAGCAGGAAGCACCUGGAGAAGGACAGCUGGAGGAUCCGGACGGCGCUGGAGGGGAAGGAGGCCGACCUGGAGGAGAGAAGCAGCAAACUGACCACGGUGAUGAAGGAGGGAGCGGCUCUGAAGAAAGAGGUGGACAGACUGAAGGACGUGGCCCUCAGAGGGAAGGAGCUGGAGAAGGAGAACAAGGAGCUGCAGAAACAAGCCACCAUUGACAAGAGAACCCUGGCGACCCUGAGAGAGGACUUGGUUUCAGAGAAGCUGAGUGUUCAGCAGAAAAACGUGGAGUUGGAGCAGCUGAACGAGGAGCUGGAGAAGAUCGGACUGAACAGAGAGAAGCUGCUGCAGCAGGAGCACACGCUGGAGGACAGCAGGUACCGGCUGCUGGAGUCUCGGCUGGAGGAAACGGUCCAACAAUCCAUGAAGAUCAAGGAGGAGAAAAUCUCCAAUUUGGAGAAGAAACUUGAAGAGAGCAACACACUAAAAGCUACUCUGAAAAUCGAGCUGGCGUCUGCCCGUCAGACGAUGUCUGUUCUGCACCAGCAAGAGGAAGGAAACCUGAACCUGCAGCAGCGUUCAGGCGAAGGCAGUGCCACGGCCGAGCUGCUGCGGAUCAAAGAUCAUCUCAUCGACGUGGAGAAGAAUAACGCCUCUCUGCAGACGGAGACGGGUCUGCUGAAGGAGCAGCUCAAGCAGCUGGAGAACCAGAACACUUCCCUGAACAACCAGAUGGCGGCGCUGCAGCGACACACGAGCACCCUGCAGGAGCAGAACUCAGCUUUACACAAACAGACCGCCAAACUCCAGGUAGAGAACUCCACCAUCUCCUCUCAGAGCGCGUCCCUCAUGGCCCAGAAUGCCGUGCUGCAGGGCCAGGUCACGGCCCUGGAGACGGAGGUGGAGUCGUGGCAGCGGCAGCGCGAGGAGGCGUGGCGCGCCAGAGAGAGCAUGCUCAGCGACCACGAACGCCUGCUGAGUGUUCACGAGAGGCAGGCGCACGAGUACGAGCAGCUCAUCAGCCAACACGCCGCACUGAAGGGCAAACAGAGAGCGCUGGAGAGCGAACAGCGGGCGCUGCACGGCAAGUACUGUGGACUUCUGCAACACAAGGAGAAAUGGGAGGAGCAAGACGGGCGUGGUCAGAAAGAGAGGGAGGAGCUGAAGCAGGAGCUGCAGAAGAAUCGGCUGCUGCAGCAGGAGAACCUGCAGCUGAAAUCCGAGGUGGACAGAAUGAAAGAGAGCCAAUCACAGCACAACGAGCAAAGCGAGGGGCUCCAUCAGCGCGUUAACGAACUGAAGAGCUCGUUCAGCUCAGCUCAGCUGGACGUGAGUAACUGGAUGGCCCGUUACGAUUCACUGAUGGAGCAGCACCAGGGCCUGGAUCUCAGCAUGACCAAGCUGGACAACCACUGCGAGCUGUUGAGCCGGCUGAAAGGAAACCUUGAGGAGGAGAAUCACCACCUGCUGAGUCAGAUCAACCUCCUGAGUCAGCAGAACCACACGCUGCUGGAGAGGAGCAUGGAGAGCAAAGAGAUGUACCACCAGGAGCAGAAGCUAUACAUUGAUAAGCUUAAUGCUCUUCGUCGGCAAAAAGAGAAGCUAGAGGAGAAGAUUAUGGACCAGUACAAGUUCUACGACCCCACACCAAAAAAGAGGAGUCAGUGGGCCGGAGCCAAAGCUUUAGUCAAGCUCAUCAAACCGCGGAAGGAGAGCAGCCGGGAACGAGGCAGCGACAAAGACCGAGAGCGGGUGAAGAGCGCGCCGGACAUCCCCCUACCUGCCCCCCCUCCACUGCUGCCCCCAGAGACCCCGCCGCCCUUCUCCCAGAGGACCGACUCACAAGACAGUCACACACACAGUCACCAUAGCAACCCCAGCCCCACGCUGGGACCCCAGAGUCCUCUGACACCCAUCACCAGAGAUCCUCCCGCUCCGAAGCGCUUUCGUUUUCUCCGCAGUAAAAGUCAAGACAAGCUGCUGCCCGCCCCCUCCUCUUCAUCCACCUCCUCCUCCUCCUCCUCCUCCUCCCGUCCUUCCCUCUCUCUCACCAGACGGCUGCGGUUUUGGUCUUCCUCCGACAUCACGGCCGACGUGAUGACCGGCCCGCAGGUCUCAGCCAACGGAAGCGCCUGCUCACUGCUCUCUGUUUGGCCCACAGGUCUGACGGACCGGAGCCAGGCCGGUUAUCGCAGCAGCACUCCCAGAGGCAGCAAUGAAAGUGUCAAUGGAGACGACGGACAAGACCAUGUGACUGACCCGUCCUGUGUGUGUUCAGUUUCAGGUCAUAAAACCCGGCUGAGCUCGACUCCGAACCACCAGCCCUCACUGGGUCCUGUGAGCACCUCCAGACCGGGACCUGGUCCCGCCCGGAGGCCCAGAGGUCUGUUUGAGGAAGAAUCCCACCACAACUCCUCGGAGUCCGUGUACGGUUCCCAUGGAAACACAGACGGUCGCCCAGACUUCCACCACAACACCUCCAGCUCCAACUCACCCGUCACCUGCAGAGAUGCUCCGGACCGUCACGGUCGAUCUGUCAGCCUCUCUAGUGAGGACGUCACGGGUCAGAGUCUGUCUCGUAGUUCCACCCUCCCGUACGACCACACGCCCCAAAGAGCCCAACCACAGCGCGGAGGGGGGGUGAGGACCAAAACACGCACAUCUCCUCCUGGAAACGACAUGGUGACGCUGGAGGAAUUUCUACAGGAGAGCAACCUGCAGUCUCCUCCAGUGGUGUCCACAGGCAGCAGGGAGGACCUGAUGGCUGAUUACUUCACCAGAAGCCCCGCCCCCUUGGCUCACAGGGAUCACGUGACCCCCACCAGCUACGUCACCCCCACCGUCCAGUCGUGUGUCCAGCGGCCGGGCCAGAGCGUGAAGCCGUCCCCCCGCCAGCCCGGGGGCCAGCAGCCGGCCCCGGGCCAGCCCGGCCCCCAGCGGAGCGGCGCGUCGCUGAGCCGGGCCUUCAGCCUGGCCUCGGCCGACCUGCUGCGCUCCAACGGCCCCGACAGCUUCCGGGACAACGACGGCUCCCCCGCUCAGGGGGACGUGGUGAUGCGGCGCCAGGGGGGAGGGACUAACGGGCGCGAGCGGCCGCUGUCCGCCCGCUACGCCGCCGCGGGCGAUCACCACGGCGACGGCAGCUUCCUGAACCCGAGCAUCCACCACUCGCCCUCCCUGAACCUGCCGGCGGAGCGGGACGGCCGAGGGAGGACGCCGGUCUCCAGGAACGGCCCGUCCGCCUCGCACCACCGGGGAGAGGUCGCCAUGGUGACCCCCGUCAGGGCCAUGCCGCCCACGCAGCCCGACGACGCCCCGGAGCCGAGGGAGGAGCGUCCGGGUGAGAAGGACGGGGACGGGGGCCGGUGCAGCUCCGCCGAGCGGCCCAAGAGCACGCCGGCGUCGCCCGACCCCAACAACGACCCGCAGACCGUCUGGUACGAAUACGGCUGCGUCUAAAUACUGGAACAAACCUGCUGCAAAGUGGGGCUGCGUAAACACAAAUCCUGGAACCUGAACUCAGCAACGAGUCUGGGCCCGGGCUCGGUCUAACUCCUGGACCAAAAUGUAUCAAAACUUUUCUAGUUUGUCAGGAAGCUGCUGGACUUCCAG